AUGGCUUCUUCUUCUUGUGUUCGUCUUGUUGCAAUCCAUCAUCCUUUUCAUCAUCAACACCAUAAACCCAAACCCAUGUCAUUACCAAUGUCAUCUCUGACCAGGGAUUCUUACUUGUUCGCUAAACCCCUACUAAUCACCGGCGAGAAACACAAACUCCAAUUUCUUUCACCUAAAACCCUACGUAACCCUUACUUUUCCACAUCAAAGGUAACAGCAUUACGUGAAAAUACCAGUAGUUCAGAAAACACUCCAGAAAAUAAAAUUCCAGCUGCAGAGAUAUGUCUUAUAGUAUCUGUAUACAUCAUCCCAUUCUUAAACCGACUAAAUCUACUUUACAAAUUCCCGGUUUUGAAUUAUGCAAUGAGUCCUAUCAUGCCAUUGUUAGGAUUCUAUCAAUCAGUACCCACUCUUGGUUUGGUUGUGUUUCUUGCUUUAUUUACUGGUUUUAUAAGAUACAGGAAUUUCACUAAGUUGAACUACACUUUACAAGCAAUGGUUAUGGAUUGCGCUGUUGUUAUUGCAUCGUUAGUUCGCCCGUUUUUUGUGAAUCCUGGUACUGUAUCUGGAGGAGCGUCAGGGUUCAAGUUUCAAUUGUUGAAUGUUCUUGAAUUACUAGCUUUCCAGACAUGCAUACAUUCAUGUUUAGAACACAUGGGGGCUGCCCUGUGGGUUGGAGAAAAGGUAAAGGUCAAUGUAAGUUCAGAUGUACCGGCUCCUUCUAUUGCCACAAUAACCCGCGUCAUGGAGGUGGUGAUUAAGACCGGAGAAGAUGAUGGUCGACGGGUGGGAAAAUCCUUGGUGCUGAAACUUCUAAAUGGAAACCACAGUUUUCUCAGUGAUAUGAUUUCCGCUGAAACAUGCAACAAAAAUAUAUUAUCCUUAUGUCAAAGUUGUUCAAAUUCAUUGCUAUAUCUAUUUAGAAAAGCUGAAAUACACUACUUAAUUUAUCAGCGUGUAGAUGAGGAUGUCGAUGAACAGAUAUCUGUAGAAGUCGAUAACCUUUUAUGGUUGCUUGGCAUUCUGGUAAAUAGGCAAGCGGCUGAGAAGUUUGCAUUGAUGUGGGCUAACCAACAAAAGCUGGCAAACCUGCACAAGAAAUUCCGUACGCCCUCUCGACAUCACGUUAGCUGCAUAACAACACAAUUGCUUGAUGGUAUAGGAAACGGGAAAAUCCUUUUGGCGGCAGAAAUCCGAAAACUGUUGUUAGAGACAUGGAUUCAGCCUCUGGUGGAUGACUACCCUCGCUUAAGAAAACUUCAAUCAUUUGAUCCAAAAGAGGUGGAAGAAAAUAUUGAGAAGGCAAUAUUAGAACUUACACCAGAAGCUCAACAGACAGGUCCGGCCCUGAUGUCAACAGACUUACGGGAGCAACAACGGCCAUCUUAUGUACAGGAGUGUUUUAAUAUUUUGAGAAUUAUCUUGGAAAUACUAGUAAAUAUGGGGCGACAAACAAUUAUCUUUAUUUUAACGUUACCUAGAACGCUGAUCUUAUUAGUAUGAUCUCUUGGGCUGGUUAUACUAGUAAAAAUGGAAGAAGAAGAAAAAAAAAGAUGGGAAAGUUAUUAUAGAUACUGCUGCUGGCAUGUUUGGGAAGUAUAUCCUCGUCCUCGUCAGCCUGAUAGCAUGUUUCCAGUUUUCUCAGUAACAAAAGGGAUCACAGAAGGAUGGGAGCAUUCACUCGAUGAUAGCGGUGUUAUAUUUCAUAUAUUCAUAGAGAAGCUCUUGAAUCCUCUGAAACCUUU